AUGAUACUUGCCCAUCCGAAGGCUUUGGCCCAAGGACUAUCAUUGCUGAUUCUAGCUGCGGCAUAUUCUCCAGUGUCUGUGGCGAACCUCGCACCUGUAUAUGGAGGCGCCGCAACGAAGCUUUUCCACCGCUAUGGAAUGGCGGUGACCGCCAUCCUCGGAUGGUUCUUGAAAGAGCGCAUCCAUGAGAUGUCCCGCGGAAGGAUCGCACGCCUUCUUCCGGUGCUAGCAGUUUCAAUCGCAGCUGUCCAGUUCCUGCUCUUCAAGCUUAGUUCGUGGUUGGGUUCUCCAUUUGGCCCCGUGAUCACAGAAGCAUUUACCUACUAUCCUCUCCUGGCUCUUUCGGUUGCUGCCUCAGGGAAGCUGAUCCAGUAUGCCACAGAGAUCCAGCGUUAUGGUGAAACCCUAGCUGAGCAUGGACCGCUGAUUGCUUCCUAUGUCAUUUUCAACUUGGCAGAGAGGCUAUCAGAAACCUUCAUCUCCAAGGUCAUUGGUUCAGGAUUCCUCUUGACCCGCUACGGUCUGCAGCUUCUGAUUGCGGCGCUCUAUGCUAUUACUAUUCCCUCCAAGUCACUGCUCCUAACAAUCCCAGUGCUGCUGUUAAACUACAACAGCAAUGUGCACAUUCCCACGAAACACACAACGGCGGUCUUGAAUGAGAGAAUUGAGCCAUAUGGCUUCCAUCUCAUUGACAGAAGAGACUCUCUGACUGGAUACAUUUCCGUCCUGGACAACCUCAACGAGGGCUACAGGGUCAUGCGCGCCGACCACAGUCUCCUCGGUGGUGAAUGGACCAAGCUCCCAGGACAAUACAACCCCAGGGUCAAGGACCCCAUCUAUGCAGUGUUUACCAUGCUGGAGGCUGUCAGACUAGUGGAGACUGAGCCUCCACGUCCGGCUGAUCGAGACAGCAAGGCCCUUGUGAUUGGACUCGGAAUUGGCACCACUCCUGGCUCCCUAAUCAGCCACGGAAUCGACACAACGAUUGUCGAGAUUGACCCCGUCGUGUACUACUUCGCUAACAAGUACUUCCACCUGCCGCCCAACCAUACCGCCGUCAUCCAGGAUGCGGAGAAGUUCGUCAAGAAGUCCCUGGCAUCCUCACCGAGGCCCCAAUAUGACUACAUCGUGCACGAUGUCUUCACCGGCGGCGCUGAACCCAUCAACCUCUUCACUCUUGAAUUCCUCCAAGAGCUCAGCGACUUGCUCAAGGACAACGGAGUCAUUGCCAUUAACUUCGCCGGCGACCUCACCCUCUACCCCGCCGGCCUCGUCGUCCGCACCAUCAACGAAAUCUUCCCCUCAUGCCGCAUCUUCCGCGAAGACGCCGCCAUGGAAAACCACCCCGCCGUCGACUUCACCAACAUGGUCAUCUUCUGCACCAAAUCCGCCGACAUGCCCAUUCGUUUCCGCAACCCCACGUCGGCUGACUUCCUAGGCAGCAAGGCCCGCGAGACGUACCUGAUGCCAAAACAUGAGAUCGACGCGUCUGCCUUUUCGACUGUCGAGAAGGGAGGACGACGCCUCCUCAAGGCGAGUGAUACGGAUCAUAUCGCUGCGUUCCAGGAUCGGAGUGCUAUUGGUCAUUGGAAGAUCAUGAGAACGGUUCUGCCGGAUGCGGUCUGGGAGAAUUGGUGA